GAGGCAUAUUCAUGGCCAUGCUCAAAACCACUCAUAUAUCAAACCCCAAAAUCAAAUAUGCUUCUCAUUCUGUUCCAACCAAACCCACAAAAACCCAGAAAACAAAACCUCUCAUCUCUUUCUCUCUCUAACACCAUUUCCUUCUCUCUACUUGAAAAUCUGAAUCCACCUGAGAAUUGAACAACAAAAGGCAAUGGCUUUUCUUCUACCCAAUUUAUCUCCUACUUUACUUCUCCAAACCAAGUUAAAGGAAAAACCAAUUCACCACACACUUUCUCAGAUAAGACCCAACUACUCUAUGUCUCCUCUCACUCACCUGGCCAGUGUUCAGACCCCAACUCUAUCGGAGGAUGCGCAGGUUAACACCUCCAAGGGUGCGCAGGAUAAGCAGGAAAGAGAUGAUUUUUAUGUCAAUCUUGGCCUGGCUGUUCGAACCCUUCGUGAAGAUAUGCCUUUGAUUUUCGCUGAAGAUCUUAAUUAUGACAUUUACAGGGAUGAUAUAACAUUUAUGGAUCCUUUGAACACAUUCACUGGGAUUGAGAACUACAAGUUGAUCUUCUGGGCAUUGAGAUUUCAUGGCAAGAUUCUGUUCCGUGACAUCUCCCUUGAGGUUUAUAGGAUUUGGCAGCCUUCGGAGAAUGUGAUAUUGAUCAGGUGGAACAUGAAGGGUGUUCCACGGGUUCCAUGGGAAGCAAAGGGCCAGUUUCAGGGCACGUCGCGGUAUAAAUUGGAUCGGAAAGGCAAGAUUUAUGAACAUAAGGUUGAUAAUUUGGCGUUUAACUUCCCACAGAAGCUAAAACCGGCAUCAUCAGUGUUGGAUUUAGUCACACCAUGCCCAGCUAGCCCUAACUUGACAUUCUUGUGGGGUCCUGCUGAUGCUUACUCAUCUUCGUGGUUGGAGUUCUAUCGAGCAGUUAGGGGGACUUUGGAUCGAGAAACUUUCUUGCUUCCACAAGAUGGUUUGGCAAGCUGAUGAGCUACUUUAUAGAUGAAUUAUACAUAGAUUUUGUAUCUUAUAUGUAUACUAGCAUUACAUUUUGUAUUAUAUAUUGGUAGAUAGCAAAUAAUGGUUUUUGUUGAAGAACAAGGUUGUAUAUACAUAGGUUGAUCCUGGAGGGUUCGAUGUACUUCUUGUCUUAGUGCACUAUGUUUUGAGCUUAUACGGGUCGGGAUAAUAUAUAUACGGAAUCUUGUUUCAUUUAAUAAAUUCGAUUUUUCAUUG